AUGAUGGGAGUAUUGUAUGAAUUAAUUGAUGCAAGUCCUGAAAAAGUUAGAGAUGGCUGUCUACAUCUCUAUACAAUGGAAACAUUUCUCCGCUCAGAAAUGAACAAAUUUUUACGUGAGGCAAAUAAGGAAAAGCUUGUUACAUAUGGACCAUUUGUUCGUCUACUCUAUUUUACAUUUAAUGAGCCAUCAACUGUUGAAGUGCAUAGCACAACAGUAUAUCAUGGUAUGAAUUUGAUUCAGUCGGAUAUUGAUUUCUACAAACGAUCCGCAGACGAUAAUACAACACUUCAAUGGAUGAGUUUUACUUCAACAACUGCAAGUCGUGAAUUUGCUGAGAUUAAAAUAAAUAUGGAACAUUCAUCCGUUGCUUUAAAUUCUUUACCUGAUGAGAUUCUUAUGAUUAUUUUGAAAAAAUUGUUCAAUGUCGAAAUAUUGUAUUCUCUAAUAUGUGUUAACAAACGACUUCAUGCAAUUGUACAUGAUCCGAUUUUUACAAGUCACUUAACAUUGAUGAGAUGUGUCUCAGAUGAUUUCAUCGAUCCAUUACUUGAUCCAAUACUUGAUCAAUUUCGUUUACAAAUUUUACCUGAAACUCAUCAUAAAAUCAAAUGGCUUACUAUUGAAUCGUCAUCUAUGAAACAUAUUCUUCUUGCUACAAAUUAUCCGAAUUUAUAUGGACUUGGUUUAUAUGAUAUUCAGAUAGAAACAGCUGUCUCUCUUUAUUGA